AAAUAUCUGUACCUGACAUUUAAUUUAAUAUUUUCUACUGUAUAUGUAAUAAGGUUCAAAACAUUUCGAAGUGAAAUUUACAAUGUAGUUUUGUACUUUGACCAUCAGACUUUUUAUUUGGACUUUGGCAUCAGUUAUUUUUUGUUUCGCAUAUUUUAAGUGCAAGCGGCAUCCAUGUUUUCUAAUUACAGAGAUACAUGAUAAAGUAAAUGGAUAUUAUAAAAGGCGUUGGAAAGUGCUAGUCAUUAAUGUGUUGACCGAUAUUUAGUACAUAUACAUCAAUUUUCGUGAUACAAAGUUAUUUCACUAAUACAGUGUAAACAAAAAAAACGACAGAAAAUGUUUUCACGAUCGGUGCUCAAAGGUGUAAAAUGUCAGAAAAUGUUGCGAACUUUCUCAUCAAAUUCAGAACUCGCUAUGGGCUACAACUUUGAAUUAACAGAUACUCAAAGGGAGAUGCAAGAGUUAGCACGCAAGUUUACAAAAGAAGAAAUUAUUCCAGUAGCUGCUGAACAUGAUCGGACUGGAAAAUAUCCAUGGGAUAUUAUUAAAAAAGCUUGGAGUUUGGGUCUGAUUAAUAAGGAAAUUCCUCAAUACUGCGGGGGAAUGGGACUUGGCACUUUCACAAAUUGUCUAGUUGCUGAAGAAUUUGCUUAUGGUUGUACAGGAAUAUCGACGGCAAUAGAAGGAUCAGGAUUGGGUCAAGCUCCGGUAAUUUUAGCUGGUACAAAAGAGCAACACAAGAAGUAUCUUGGAAGAUUUCUCGAAGAACCACUUGUAUCUGCCUACUGCGUUACUGAACCCGGUGCUGGAUCAGAUGUAGCAGGUAUUAAAUUAAAGGCUGAAAAAAAAGGAAAUGAAUGGGUCCUUAAUGGUACCAAAAUGUGGAUAACAAACGGCGGUGUUGCUAAUUGGUACUUUGUAUUGGCUAGAUCAAAUCCUGAUCCACAAGUACCACCUAAUAAAGCUUUUACAGCUUUCAUCGUCGAACGUGAAAGCGAAGGCUUGACACCCGGCCGCAAGGAAAUAAACAUGGGUCAAAGAGCUUCUGAUACACGAAUGAUAACUUUCGAAGACGUACGGGUUCCAGAGGAAAAUGUUUUGGGCAAAGAGGGCGAAGGUUUUAAAAUUGCUAUGCGAACCUUUGACAAAACUAGACCCGCGGUGGCAUGUGCAGCUGUUGGUUUGGCUCAAAGAGCACUAGAUGAGGCCACGAAAUAUGCAUUGGAACGUAAAACCUUCAACAAACCAAUAGCAGAUCAUCAAGCAGUGGCAUUUAUGUUAGCGGACAUGAUGAUUGGCGUUGAAACGGCCAGACUGGCCUGGAUGAAAGCUGCUUGGGCAUGCGAGCGAGGUCUUCCAGCCGGAACACUUGCCAGCGUUGCAAAAUGUUAUGGUGCCGACGUAGCCAAUAAGUGUGCAACGGACGCUGUGCAAAUUUUCGGUGGUGCUGGUUUUAACACCGAGUACCCGGUAGAAAAAUUGAUGCGAGAUGCAAAGAUAUAUCAAAUAUACGAGGGUACAGCGCAAAUUCAAAGACUGAUCAUUUCUCGUGCUAUUUUUGCCGAGGCUAAACAAAGAGCCGGCUAAGCGAUUAAAUUAGAUUACAAAUGUUGAAACUUAUACUUGAAUGAAUUUUACAUUUAAGAAAAUGUAUAUACGUCACAGUAGUAAGCGUUAAUCAUUGUGAAAGUAUUUUAUCAUUGUUAUGAUAUAUCAACAUAUAUUUUUAUACAAAUUUAUGUCUAUUAAGAACAAACAUUUUAUAACUUUUAAUACAGCGCCUUCAUUGUAUCAGGUUUUUUCUACUGUUUAAUAAAAUUGCAUAAAAAUAU